AUGCCCCCCUCGCAAAACCAAUCCCCGCCAAUCUUCCUCCUCAAAACCGCCGCAACCCCUCGCGAUCUAUACGAGGAAUACUUUCGCAAGGAGUUUUGUGUGAACACGCAGAGUCAUGGAUACAACCCCGUGUUUGUGCCGGUGCUGUCGCACCGCAUGCAUACCGAGAACCUGGCGCGUGUAGAGUCUUUUUUCACAUCUCAUCAAACCCAUCAAAAUGACGGUGGCGACGAGGAGAAGGAGAAGGGGGAAGUGGAAUCGUUUAUUGGCGAGAAUCCGACAUAUGGAGGCAUGAUAUUUACGAGCCAGCGAGCGGUCGAAGGGUUUCGAGAUGUUCUCAAACAAGGCAACAUUCCGGCACCAGUAUCGCAAAACCUGGUUCUAUACACCGUCGGCCCCGCGACAACACGCCUCCUCACCCCCCUCCGCGACCAAUACCUGCCACACGCAAGAAUCGUGGGCGAAGAAGCCGGCACAGGCGAGAAACUCGCGCUUAUUAUACUCAAUGACUAUAACAACACUUGGCACCACACCAAUAAACCCAAACCAGGACUAUUAUUUCUUGUAGGCGAGCAGCGGCGAGACAUCAUCCCGCGCACGCUGAUGAACGACUCGCUCGAAGAACACCGCCGCAUCCGCGUCGACGAGCUGGUCGUGUACGAAACGACAGAGAUGCCGGGUUUUGAAGCGUCGUUUCGAGACGCGGUCACGUCUGGUGAAAAGGUCCUCAACGACAACGACAGCAACAUGUGGGUCACUAUCUUUUCGCCCACAGGCUGCGAUGCUGUGCUCCGCGUUCUUGGAGAACUCUCCUCUUCGGGAAAUGAACAGAAGAAGAAAUGUUUGAUUGUCACAAUCGGCCCUACAACGCGUGACCAUUUACGGAUCAAACACGGUGUUGAGCCGGAUGCUGUUGCGGAGACACCGAAUCCAGAGGGGGUCGGGGAAGCGAUUAGAAAGUUUUACAACAAUACCCAGUAG